AUGUUUUCUCCAGACUCAACCUUCAAAGCUUAUUCAGCUAUUACAGAACGGGCUCCUUCUAAUACUCAGUGUCUUGUCUCAUGUCUCCACUGCACACAGACUUCUGAAUGGGACUCCGAAUGCCUUACAUCCCUGCAGCCCCUUCCUCUCCCCACGCCCCCUGCAGCAAACGAGGCACACCUGCAGACUGCAGCCAUCUCCCUGUGGACAGUGGUGGCAGCUGUGCAGGCUAUAGAGAGAAAGGUGGAGGUCCACAGCCGGCGACUCCUGCAUCUAGAGGGACGGACGGGGACGGCAGAGAAGAAGCUGGCCAGCUGUGAGAAGACAGUGGCCGAUCUCGGGAACCAGCUGGAGGGCAAGUGGGCCGUGCUGGGGACCCUGCUGCAGGAGUACGGGCUGCUGCAGAGGCGGCUGGAGAACCUGGAGAACCUGCUGAGGAACAGGAACUUCUGGAUCCUGCGGCUGCCACCGGGAAUUAAAGGAGACAUCCCAAAGGUACCUGUGACAUUUGAUGAUAUCUCCAUCUACUUUUCCACUCCAGAGUGGGAAAAAUUAGAAGAAUGGCAAAAGGAACUUUACAAGAAUAUCAUGAAGGGCAACUACGAGUCUCUCAUCUCCAUGGAUUAUGCCAUGAAUCAGCCUGAUGUCUUAUCUCAGAUUCAGCCAGAAGGAGAACAUAAUGCAGAGGACCAGGCAGGGCCAGAGGAAAGUGAGAUUCCCGCUGACCCCACUGAAGAGCCUGGCAUUUCAACAUCAGAUAUUCUGUCUUGGAUAAAACAAGAGGAAGAACCCCAGGUUGGGGCCCCGCCGGAGGCCAAGGACAGUGGCAUAUACAAAGGCACCUACGCUGAUGAAGAGCUUGUCAUCAAAGCCGAAGGCCUUGCCAGAGCCUCCUUGUGUCCCGAGGUCACCUUCUCUUCUCCACCGGCAACAGCAGCAAAGGAUACUUUUGCAGAUGUGGCUUUCAAAAGCCAGCAGUCUGCAUCCAUGACACCUUUUGGACGUCCGGCCACUGACCUGGCUGAAGCCUCUGAGGGACAAGUGACUUUUACUCAGCUGGGUAGCUACCCCUUGCCGCCUCCAGCUGGGGAGCAGUUGUUCUCAUGCCACCAUUGUGGCAAGAGCCUCACCCAAGACAUGUUGCUGACCCACCAGUGCAGCCAUGCUGGUGAGCACCCCCUGACCUGUGCCCAGUGCCCUAAGCACUUUCCUCAGCAGGCCGAGCUCGGCAGCAACUCCCAGGCCCCGGCCAGUGAGACGCCCCCGACCUGCCCGCACUGUGCCCGAACUUUCACUCACCCGUCGAGACUCACCUACCACCUGCGGGUCCAUAACAGCACUGAGCGCCCGUUCCCCUGUCCUGACUGCCCCAAGCGCUUUGCUGACCAGGCCCGCCUCACCAGCCACCGGCGAGCCCACGCCAGCGAGAGGCCCUUCCGCUGCACGCAGUGCGGCCGGAGCUUCAGCCUGAAAAUCAGCCUCCUGCUCCACCAGCGCGGUCAUGCGCAGGAGCGGCCUUUCUCCUGCCCGCAGUGUGGCAUUGACUUCAACGGCCACUCGGCCCUGAUCCGCCACCAGAUGAUCCACACAGGCGAGCGACCCUACCCGUGCACUGACUGCAGUAAGAGCUUCAUGCGCAAGGAGCACCUGCUGAACCACCGGCGGCUGCACACGGGCGAGCGGCCCUUUAGCUGCGCGCACUGCGGCAAGAGCUUCAUCCGCAAGCACCACCUCAUGAAGCAUCAGCGCAUCCACACGGGCGAGCGGCCGUACCCCUGCGCCUACUGCGGCAGAAGCUUCCGCUACAAACAGACACUCAAGGACCACCUGCGUGCAGGCCACAGUGGAGGCUGUGCCGGGGAGAGCGACCCAUCUGGACAGCCGCCUGACCCCCCAGGUCCCCUCCUGCCGGGCCUCGAAACCUCUGGCCUAGGUGUUAACACUGAAGGUCUAGAGGCCAAUCAGUGGUACGGGGAGGGGAAUGGAGGCGGGGUUUUGUGACCCACCCUCCUUCCUCGGCUAUCCGUGCUCAACGCAGGGACUGAGAAAGGCCCACGGAGCCCCUACCCCCACAGUAAUCACUGUUGGCACUUCGAUGAGUUUGGGGUCCUAUGCACUUGACUAGAGACAUAUGAAGUUUGGGAGCUUCACAGCAUGACAAGAACACCACAUUUUGAAACCCAGAAAGACCUGGAAAGGAGCCCAUCACCCCCAUCUUUUCAAAAACAGGACCUACGCAAAAGUUGCAGAGGAGUAGGAAAACAAGAUUGGCCUCAUGGGAAUCCAUCACUGGGUAAUAGGUUGAGAGGGAUCGCAGCACUAGGUACAGACAGGUGCAUGGGAAGCGCCUCCAAAGCUCCAAGCCCAUCUGAGGCAGUUUCACUGAGCCUUUCCUGACGGGAAGUCGGCUGUUGGGAGGAAGGGCUCAAGCCUCAGUGUGGGCCCCUGGUCCUCCUGACACCAGCUCAGCUGCUGUUCAGGUGCCGAUGUACCACCUCUCCUGAAAUGACAGCUCUAAACAGCCCGCCUAGGUUUCCUAGACUAAUUCUUCUACAUACAUUUUGUUUAAGAUUGGGUGAGCAAGAAAUCCGACUUUAAAAUCUUCUUAAGGAGAACAGUUCUUAACUUUCAUAAGCUUGGUUUGAGGCGUUCAGCCUCUUAACUGGCUUUUAAACGUCUAGAAACCUUUGCUGAGGUCCUGGUUAAAAAGUUGGGAGCCGUGUUCUCAGCCCCCGCUUUAAAAGCUAGAGAUCCCAGAGAAAUGACAGAACAGCCUACAAUUUGUGCCUGAACCAUGUUUCUUAGAGUCUUGUAUGUCAGAUUCUUCCUUAUCAUUUACAAGCCCAUAAGAUGGCUUUUCCAUUUCUGUUGUCUGAUAUUUUUGACAGUUGUCAGCAGAAAAGACCACAGCACUUUCCAGAAGCGUAAUGGCAUUUCAGAAAGUGCCAACGGACGCUCGGCUUUCAUUUCCUCAGUAGUGAGGUGAUAGUGUUAUAAGGCAGCUUUCUUGAGGCAUCAGAAACUGUGUUCACCCAUCUGGCUAUUCCUCUGGUGACAGUGGACAGAUUGAGGGUCUCCUAGGUCACUGAGAGCUACGCAUCAUGCAGCAGCCUCUUCCUGCUGGUUUAGCUUUUAGGGACCUUGGCUACCAUGUGUUCUCUUGUUGGGGUCAUUCAGUCGCUCGGGGGCACCUGAACCUUGUUCUAUUGCUGAGUGGCUUUGCAAUUGGGCACAAGUCCCUUUUCCUUUGUAGAUCUCAAGUUUUCAUCUGCAAGGGGGAAGGGAAAAAGUGAGCCUCUAAAUUUUUUUUUCAAUCUUGUGAUACAUUCCUUCUGCCAAAAUCCUCUCUAUCUCUGGUUUCUAUCCAGGCAAAGCCAAAUAAGACAGCAAAAUCAAAGCAGAGACAUUCUUGCUGAAACUUGACAAAUCAAUUUGAUUUGUUGUUUUACUCUUGCUUGGAGCCUGAGGUGGAAGACAGAAAGAGAAUGCAGAAGCCCUAAGUCCUGGGCAGAAAGGCUGUUUGUACCUGCACUCACUUGUCUCCCUGAAUCGUCCUAAGAUGCCUGGAAACAAGGUCUGCGAGUAUUGGGUCGUCGGGAAAGUCAUGACGUAUUUUUCUGUUUUUCAAUGCAAAAAUGCGUCAUGACUUUCCCAACGACCCAGUAUUUCGGCAGGACACUUUCUUGAUGAGGUGCUCAGGGAAGGACCCAUUUUUCCUGUAUCACCUAGCCCAGCAUUUACCCUGCUUAUUGUGCGUACGCACACUAAGAAAAAGCGGUACCCCAGCUAGCUUGGCUCCUGGGAAGGAUCUGUCCGAACAUGCUGCUCUUUAGGAUAAUCACAUUUAUAAAACAUCUGCUCUGUGUCACUCGCAGCAUCUGGGAUCGUGGGAGACCUAAGGAAUGUGUGAGACCUAGUCUGCUGUCCUAACGUGCAGCCUGAAGGCAAUGAAGAAACCCGGGGGUAUAGAACAAACCAGGACGGGUGAUGAGCAGAGCCCUGGCAUAUUGGGAUGAAGAGCUUUCUAGCUAGACUCUGGACCCAUACUAAGGGAAAAUUUGGGGGCUCUGAGAAUUCUAGUUCUACUGGUGACUCACUAGGAACUUGAAUUUGAGAUCCAAGUCUGGUUUGCACCUUGAUCUCCCUAAUGAAAAGGGAGAAGCAUCCAAGUACUGUCUUUAGGUGGUACGCCCCCUUUCCUGAACAGAUGUAGCAUUUGUCAGGGUGUGCAGGAGAAGGGAAUCUUACACUAGUGUGAUGUUGGACUAGAUAACAUGGAAAAUUCUUUUUUACUGAGGACACAGAGCUUACUAAUGAAGGAGACCUGUAGGUUAAAAUGAUGCAGAUAGAUGAUGUCACAGUCCCUUCUGCAAGGGACCUAAGUAACAGGGACCCAAACUUUGGCAAUAAGUGAACACAGUUGAAAUACCAGUGAAGCAAGAGCCAUGAAGCUGAGUGAAAGGGAAUGAGUGGGGCCACGCCAGAAAGAUGGAAGUCGGUGUCACCCUAAUAUUUCACCCUGGUACAGACUAGGAAGGCCCACUAUGGUGCAUUCUGGUCUCGUCUCCUCCACCAGUCCUCUACCAGGUAGCACUUCAGGCCAGCUCCAAAUUAGAGAGUUUGUUUGCUUAAGAUUCAAGAGUGGUUAAGUAAAAUGGAUCAGUGGAAAAGAUAAAGUCCAACAGAAAGGUUUCAAUGUGUAGAGAGAAACGUGGUCCAUUAAGGGCUCCUGAGAGAACCCAUUUAACUCAGCAGUUGAAGAAGUACCCGAGGAUUGAUUGCCCUGAGCAGAUGUGGCAGGAGAGGCAGACCCAGAAAUGCACUCCUCAGUCUGCCCUCUGGGCUCAGGAGUCUGUCCUAUCACAGAAGUAGGCACCGUCGCCGCCGAGUGGAUCCAGGUGCUGACUAAAUAACCACAUUCACUCUUUGCUUACUACUAGGUUUUUCAUUGUCACCAUAAGAUGAACCUCUGGUUCAGCUACAGAUGUGAAAAUAAAUGGAAGUUGAUUGCUUGUCUAGAAAGCGAAAGCUGAUGACUCUGACCCUUUCUGCUGGAUAUUUGAUAUUGGCAAAGCUGUCGCUGGGCUCUAGCUAGAACAGUGCUUUCCAUAACUUCCCUCAUUAAUAAUAGUCUGCAGAGUUCCCGUUGGGAGACUCUGCCGGGGUGCUUUUUGGAACAUUUUUGAGAGAUUUGAGAGUCCAUUCCUAUCUCAACCAGGACCAGACCUAUGGAUUACUGGGGAAUAACAAAAAUUUCCUGUCUCAGUCUGCAGAGGCCUUGGUGACAUGAAAUGACGGGAGUUUAUCUGUUCAUUCCAAAUGGUAUAGAGAACCUCAGAUUUCCUCUUGAGGAGGGGCAAGACACCCCAUCCCUUCCCCCCAUAUCGUGGCUUCUUAGACAAAAAACAUCCUCAGUAGCUGCCCAAGGGCUGCUCAGUAGCAAUGAGUAAAUAGCAAGCCCUUCCCCGAAGGCCCUUAUAGACCGGAAACUCAUCAGAGACAUGUUUUGUCUGUGUGCUUGCUGGAUGCCUUUGACCCUGUUCUCUUCACUCAGGAAGCAGUCACUUCUCAGUUUGUACACAGAGGACAUUCUUUGACUAAGAAAUGUCAGGCUCUUACAGGCGAAAGGUCCUCAAGUUGGGUCAGAUUGGGGAAUGGGGACGGGCAUUGAACAGGGCCUUAAGGCCACGUGGGUCAGUCCAGCUUAAUGGUUUAGAGCAUGGACUCCGAGUCAGACCUGGAUUCAAGUCCUGGCAUCAUCAGAAGUAACAAAACAUGUAUUAUUUAAUCGUCAUGAGCCUAGUUUCCUUAUCUGUAAAAGACGGAGAGUGAUACCUCUGUCUCGGAGGUGUUAGGUGAGGGGGAGCCUGUACAAGUGCUGAGCACAGAGCCUGCACGGAGACGGUGUCAGCAUGGCCGCCGUCGAGAGAGCUGUCCAGUGCCAACCAGAGCGAGGGCCAGAAAGCCGGUGAGCUGGAAGCACAAAGUGUCAAGAACUGAGACUGCUCCCCGAAGCACAGGAUUGCUUGAUGUCUCAGCCUUAUACCUGCCAUCUUUUGCUUCCAUGUAGCCUGUUCUCGUACUCCUGUAAUCUUUUCUGUACCUCCUGGCUCCCACAAGUUCCUGUGUGCCAUGCCACCACUUGGCUCUGAUUCCCUUGGUUUUUCUUAGUUCAGAUUCUAAGGCCUGGAAUGUGGCCCAGCUCCUUUUUCUAGACCAGGCCACAGAAGUUUCCAGCCAGCCUUGGAUUGGCUGCCCUUGGGGUAUGUGCUCAUCUUGGUUCAGUCAGCUGUCGUCGGGAGGGAAGGUCCCGUUGUUCCUGCACCGGGACCUGUGCCUUGGCGAUGGGCAAAUGGUGGCACAGUAUGACAUUCUAGACCUACCGGGCUAGGAGAGAACGCUCACCUGUAUCGGGGUUCUUAAAAGACACCCUCAUUAGCACUGUCCUAGAGCAGAGCUUGUCCCUUGCUCAAAGGACUUGGCAGGUGCCAUUUAUGGAUCUUGCAAAAGGGGUAAUUUGUCACUUUACAGGGUGUUAUUCCUCCCUUUCUAGCCCUGUUUUUUUGUUUUUUCAUUUUUUUUGUUUUAGUGUUUAACUCUGGCCAUAAUUAUCUAUACACAUACACAAUGACUUUUGUCAACUUGGUCAAAUUGCCUCUUCAAAACAAAGAAUUAUUUCACUCCUAAGACCAGCCAUUCACUAAAGAAUGCAGAAAGAUACAGUCCAAUCAGAGAAGUCUCAAAAGCAGUGUGCUGCCAUGCUCUAAAACUUGGCAGGUUACAUCUCAAAUAAAAUAUCUGAUAAAAGCUCAUUGGGCGAUGUGGCUUUGUAUUUGUUUAUUAGCAAAGCCAGUAUUUGCUGUAAAACCUUGAAAUUGGCUUGAAAAUUAAGCUACCCAAGAAUGGAAGCCAUGUCUUGCUUCUGAUAUCCCUCAUGGUGCCACGUGCUGUUGGGGAACUGAAUGCUUGAUGAAUAAUUGCACGGUGGGAAGACCACCUGAGCAGGGGUGAAAAACUGGAUUCCAGUCCUAGCUUAACUUUUUCUACCCUUUUGAUAUGGAACAAGCCACUUAAUUUGUGGAGAUCUCAUUUUCCUAAUUCUAGUGUGCACAUUGAACAAGAUGAUAUAAGAUCCCUUCCAACUCUAAAAUCAUCGACUUUAAGAUUUUACCUCCUGGUCCUGUUUUCCUUGUCUGGUUUCUCUCCAGAUUCUGCCCUACUGAGCGAUUGCUUCGGCACAGAAUAAACACCUUGGAGAGGUAAGCGUCAUUACAGAAUAAAAAGUCUCAUUCUAACGAUGUUAUAAUUAUUCCAAAGCCACACAAGCUAACAAAAUUCUAGCAAAACUAUAAAAUUUUGUUUUAAAUACA